AUGGAAAAUGAUAUAACACCGCCUCCAUCUCCCACCUCCGCCAUCACCACCACUCCCAGACCAAUCCACCUCCCCUUAUUAAACCGUGGACAAAAUCCAGAAGUAUUAAUAUUCAACCUCGAAACCAUAAAACGACUUCGAGAUGAGCAUGGAAUCCUAGGGAUCUUAAUAGGUACACUCCCCCAAUAUCCCCAACAGAAUCUAUUCCUAUCGAUUCCUUUAAAGUUGAUAGUCUGGGAAGUAGUCUGGCUUGUUGAGAAUGGGUUUGGAGUGUUGGUUGAUCAAUUGAAAUAUCGUAAUUUGAAGACACAAGCUGGGUUUAAGAAUCUGAAUAAGAUUAGUUUGGGAAAUAAAGCACAGGAAGAGGUGGCUAAUUUUAAUAUAAUCAAGAAUUGUGAUCUGGAUAAUGAUGAUGAUGAGAAUGAAGAACUUAUUUCGACAUGUAUUGUUCCCCUCAAAGAAUAUAUUUCUGAUUAUUUACGAAAUGGAUCAUGUACUCAAGAUCAAUUCUUAUCAGGAUAUCAUAAAUUCAAACAUUUAAAAAGCUUGGGAUAUUAUAUUAGUCCCGGAUUGAAAUUUGGUGGAGAUUUGGUUAUAUAUCCCGGUGAUCCAUUACGAUAUCAUUCUUAUUCGAUUGUCAAGUUUGAUUUUGUUGAUUUGAAUGAAAUUAUUGUCGGAGGAAGAUUGGCGACUGGAGUGAAGAAAAAUAUGAUCAUAAUGGAUACUUCCACAAGUUCAUCCCAAAAGUCUGAACAUCAAAGUUUAGAAGAAGAAUUACAUUCUGAAGUUUCGCCAAUUGCAUUCUCAAUCGAAUGGGCUGGAUUUGGUUAA